AGGGACUGGACCGAGCAUGUAGAAUACGGUAGGCUCUGCUGUAAAAACAUGAUAGUAAUUUUGUGCAAAUUAGUGGAAUUUAGAUCGUGCCGCUAUUUCCUUCCAAGAGAAAUAAUGCGCAGCACAGUACAAUACUCGAGUACCCUCUCCCCACUAAACCCCUCGGCCAUAGUAUCACCCCCCCUUUGAUGUAAUUUCCUACUCCUUACCGAAUCUUCCUAUUGCUUUCUCUAGAUUUAUAUGUAACGAUGGCUACAACUACUGGUACUCCCUUAGCCUCUCACCGCGGUUAUUGGCCGGUAAUCCUCAACUACGGUGGCCAUUACCCCCGCCUCCCUGAUCCUGUUCAGUCAAUCCUUAUAGUCGUUUUUUUCACCCCUUUUCUUGUCAUUCCGGGCACAACGCCCGCUCCCAAGUUUCCAUUCCCUCCACAAGUCUACGUUAGUAUGUGCUGGUUCAAGGAUGGGGCUAUUAUUUUAUGCGGGAAAAGAUCACUAAGGGAAUUCAGAGUUAUUGACCUCAAACUUGCCUGCGAAAUGUCUUCGAAAAAUGGUGUUGCUAGUAGAUGUCCUGUGCCAAAAGCGGCAAGCCCAUUUUCCGAUAUUCGGUUGAAGGUUCACGAUUUCACUACCACGACCGUCUUCCAACUGCGUUACUGGACAAGAAUGUUAUUCUUUUCCUCUCGUUUGUCUUUAUUGGUCUGAGAGUCCUGAAUUUCCACACAGCUCUUUUGCUUCGGUAGGCAUGUCUUUCCUGAAUAUGAAACUACGCAUUUGGCAACGCCGUUGGUAUCAUAGGUUGAACACUUCACGUGGAGGAAGAGGGGGUUGCGAUGGGAAGGGAAGGAAACAAGGAGAGAGCGGAACAGCAAUUAUAAACUGCUGACCCGGGGUAGUUGGGGCUUUUAGAGUUGGGUCCACUGUUAUAUUCGGUUGAUGUCUUCCAUUCGUCUAAGAGUAAUGAUUUUUAAUGCAACAAAUGAAAUGGGAGGGGACUCAACUCAAACUCUAGUUAUUACCUUUGAAUUCUCUAAAGUGUGAGAGUACUGUACUGAACUCCUAGUGAGGAACAAAAACUCGGACAUCUGGCACCAUGAAUAACAAUAUUGGAAGCCGCUUGGCCAGCGAAAUAAAUCGUCUCUCACAAAACCUUAAAAA